CCUAAUUGUUGUGAUAAACUUAUUAAAUAGGUUAUCAUGUCAUGUAAAGCAGUGCUAAGUGGUAUCUUGGCUUCCGCUACUGUAAAAAAUGCUUGCAAGCCUAGUAUUGUUUUGAGAGCUUAUUCAGCUAGAAAGAAAUGCGCAUUCUGCAUUUCAAACAACAGAAUUCGACUCGGCUUUAAAACCUACAGUUCUUCAGGAGUUCCAGGAAAUGCGGACCUUCAACUUGAAUGUUUUGACAUUAAUGAAGGAAUCUCAGAAGUUUCAAGUGAAAUAAGAGAUGAUAACGAGACGGAAAUUGAUCGAUUGUGGACUGAAAAAAUUACAAACAAAGCUAAAUCUUCAAGAGAAUCCAUGCCAAGAGCGAUUGAGCGCUAUGAACUGGAGACAUUGUACGACGUAUACAAAGAACAGAAUCCUACUUUAAAUGAUGAAGGUUUGGCCAAAGUGUACCAAUAUGUGGAGAAAUUGAUCAACUAUGCCUACGAAGACAAGGCACCUCCAGAAAUGUCAAUCGCCCAACUUGAAGACUACAUGCGAUUUGAAGAAGAAAGAGCCCAAGACGAACAGAAAGCCCCAGAGCAUCUUUACUUGGACGAAUCAGACAGUAGUUACAAUCCUAUUCGGGUGAAAAAACCAUGCAAUAGUGUGGAGGGCUACUUGAGCUUUCUGUAUAAGACGCACUGGAAGAAAAUGCGCGGGUUGGAGAGAAAAAAUAUGAGGAGCAAGCGGCUUGAAGAAACAUCAAAGCCAGAUCUUCCUGAAUCGUGGUUGAGGGCGUUCAGCAAAACCCAUCAGCGUCAUGUGAAAAUGUCGGGUGAGAGUAAACUGGCGGCCGCUGCCAGAACUGGAAUCCCACUUGUACUGGACAUGUCAUAUGACCACCUGAUGAAUAUACAUGAGAAGAAGGAAAUGGCGAGACAGAUCAUAGCCAUGAGUGAUCUCCUAUCGAAAAUACCAGAACCUUUUCAUUUGUACUUGACAAACUACCAACCUGGAAAUGUAAUCUGGAACUAUUUGGAGCAAACUAAAACGAACCUAUCCACUACUCCGGCACCCAUCACUAAAGUGUUUCCAGUCUCAAAGCUGAUUUAUCUCAGUCCAGAUGCAACAGAAGAUUUGGAAGACUUUAAGCCAGAUGACAUUCUAGUUGUAGGUGGAAUGGUGGAUAAAAGUCUGAAAAAGAAUGCAUCACUUAUUCAUGCCAAGCGGCUCGGGAUCAGGUGUGCCAAGUUUCCCUUGUCAGACAAUGCAAGAGUAAUAGCCUCGAAACCCCUGAAUUUCCUUGAAGUGCUGAACAUCUUACAUCGCUUUACAUACCAUAAAGAUAUUCACCGAGCGCUGUGUGAAGGAAUCAGCAAGCGUAGGCAUCGACACCCCUCGGAGGCUGAAGAAAUUGUCAGAAACCAGGUUCGCAAAGCAGGCAGAUUGAUUGGAGAACCAGCGUUUGUUCACCGUGAGAGAGCCAGAGCUCGGAAAAGGUUAGAAGUUGUGGAGAGGAUGAAUGCGCUUGGUAGUGAGAAAUUGAGGCAGAAGUACGUGGAUCCACAUUCUAUUGAUGCGUGGCUUUGAUUACCGUUUUAUUUAUACUUUUGCUGCUAAAUUGUGAUUUUUUGAUGGGUAAAUUGUGCAAUUAUUAUGCUACAAUUGAAAAUUCUAGCGCAAA